CUCUCUCCGCCAGUGUUGGCGUGGAUGACGUCAUCGGUGCGGUCGAGAGUCACGUGGUUUUGUUCUCCGGAUUUCCCGCGAAAUGAGACCUUUUCUCGCGCGGAGUGUUUGAACGCAAAUCGCGUGAAACGAAACCAAAAGUGUUUCCAAACUCUCAAAACAGCGCUUCAAAAGUCUGUCGUCGAAAAGCGCGCUCUCGACGCGUGUUGCGGGCUCUCGACGGCCGACACGUGUUCCGCGCGUGUCGUGCGCGAGGACUGCGGCCGAGAGAGCGCCGACUUCUUCGCGCGCGCGCUUCCAAUCGCCGACUCUUUGCAAAUGUUUUGCGAAUCAAAAGAGGAGAAAUUCUGCGACAAAACCUCUCGCGCUCUCAUUGGCUGGAGAGUGGCGUCACGUGACUCAUCUGCGCUCACUCGCGCUUUGGACGCAGUGUUCGGCGAAUGA